AUGAUGAUGAUAGAGGAAGAGGAGGACAGAGCAGAGUCUGCAGGAUCCAGCUGUCUGACUAUUACCAGUGACCGGUCUAAAGGUCACCCUCCAGACUUCAGUGCUGAACCUGGACCAACAAGGUCAGAGAGCUCACCUUACUGAAGGUCACAGUCUGCAGGAUCCAGCUGUCUGUUUGUGAGGAGUAAUGGGUCCAGACAUGAACCUCCACUCUUCAGUGCUGAACCUGGACCAACGAAAAAGAGGGGUAGGAAGAGAAGUGGGAUGGAAGAGCAGCUGUCUUGCUGUGCUUUGUGUCAGGACGUCCUGAAGGAUCCAGUCUCUAGCAGCUGUAGACACUGGUUCUGCAGACAGUGCAUCUCCUCAUACUGGGACCAGUCUGCUUCAUCAGAAUACUCCUCCUGUCUCCAGUGUGGAGAAAGAUCAAGAACCAGAGCUGGACUGCAGACAGCCAGUCAGAGCAGCUGUGUACAAACAGAUGUUGGUCUGCAGGAGGUUUUAGAUGAACAUAAGAUCAGUCUGAGGAGGAGAUGUGAAUGUGUGACUGAAGGAAGUGAUGAAACAGGAAGUAGAACCCUCCUCAACACCAUCUACACUGAGCUCUACAUCACAGAGGGACAGAGUGAAGAGGUUCAUACCCAACAUGAGGUGAGGCAGCUGGAGACAGCUUCCAAGAUGGACGCCCUCCAUGACAGUCCAAUCAGGUGCCAGGAUAUCUUUAAAGCCUUACCUGACCAACAGAGACCCAUCAGAGUGGUUCUGACCAACGGCGUGGCUGGUGUUGGAAAAACCUUCUCAGUGCAGAAGUUCACUCUGGACUGGGCAGAGGGCUUGGAGAACCAACAUGUCAGUGUGGUGGUUCUGCUUUCAUUCAGGGAGUUGAACCUGAUCAGAGAUGAACAGUACAGUCUUCUGGAGCUGCUCCAUGUUUUCCAUCCAACAUUACAGAAGGUCACAGCAGAGAAGCUGGCUGUCUCUCAGCUUUUGUUCAUCUUUGACGGCCUGGAUGAAAGCAGACUUUCAUUGGAUUUCACCAACAGGAAGCUGGUGUCUGAUGUCACACAGAAGUCAUCAGUCAGCCAGCUGCUGACAAACCUCAUCCAGGGAAAUCUGCUUCCCUCGGCUCUCGUCUGGAUAACUUCCCGACCUGCAGCAGCCAAUCAGAUCCCUCCUACAUGUGUUGACAGGCUAACAGAAGUACGAGGUUUCACUGACGCCCAGAAGGAGGAGUACUUCAGGAGGAGUAUCAGUGAUGAAGAGCUGUCCAGCAGAAUCAUCUCCCACAUGAAGACAUCCAGGAGCCUCCACAUCAUGUGUAGUAUCCCAGUCUUCUGCUGGAUCACUGCUACAGUUCUGGAGCACAUGUUGACUACAGAGCAGAGAGGAGAGCUGCCCAAGACUCUGACUGACAUGUACUCACACUUCCUGCUGGUUCAGACAAAGACGAAGAAGAAUAAGUACCACGAGGGACAUGAGACGAGUCCACAGGAGCUGACGGAGGCUGAAAGGGAAGUUCUCCUGAAGCUGGGGAGGCUGGCGUUUGAACAUCUGGAGAAACGAAACAUCAUGUUCUACCACGAAGACCUGGAGCAGUGUGGUCUGGAUGUGACAGAGGCCUCGGUGUACUCAGGAGUUUGUACAGAGAUCUUCAAAAGAGAGUGUGUGAUCUUCCAGAAACCAGUCUACUGCUUUGUUCAUCUGAGCAUUCAGGAGUUUCUGGCUGCAGUCUACAUGUUCCACUGUCACACCAACAGGAAGAGAGGUGUGGUGGAAGACUUCCUGAGGAUACAAUGUAAUGAUUCAUUUCUGGAUGGUUUCCUGUGCAAAGUCAUGGAUAAAUCCCUGCAGAGUAAAAAUGGGCACCUGGACCUGUUUGUUCGCUUCCUUCAUGGCCUCUGUCUGGAGUCCAACCAGAGACUCUUGGGAAGUUUGCUGGGUCCUAUAGAGAACACUUCAGAAACUAUCCAGAGAGUCAUCAACAACCUGAAGGAGAUGCAGACUUUUAAAAUCUGUCCUGACAGAACCAUCAACAUCUUCCACUGUCUGAUGGAGAUGAAUGACCUCUCAGUACAGCAAGAAAUCCAAGAGUUCCUGAAAUCAGAGAACAGAUCAGAGAAGGAACUCUUUGAGAUACACUGCUCAGCUCUAGCCUUCAUGCUGCAGAUGUCAGAGGAGGUUAUAGAGGAAUUGGACAUAAAUAAGUACAACACAUCACAGUGGGGACGACAGAGACUGAUUCCAGCUGUGAGGAACUGCAGAAAGGCUCGACUGACUCAGUGUGGACUCUCAGAGACUCACUGUGAAGUUGUGGCCUCAGCUAUGAAGUCAAACCCCUCCCAUCUGACAGAGCUGGACAUGAAUCAGCUGUGAAUAUCUGGCAGCAGCUCUGAAAAACAAGCCAUCCUUAAAAUAUUACAACGUUCCAGCUCCUGUGUUGGAAUGAAAAACUUAUUGGUGAACUGUGAUGUAUCAGAGAUCAGCUGUGAUUAUCUGGCAGCAGCUCUGAAGUCCAACCCCUCCCACCUGAGAGAGCUAACCCUGAAUGUCUAUAGGUCCUCCACUAAGUGUAAGCUGCAGGAUUCAGGAGUGAAGUAUCUGUGUGGUUUUCUGGAGAGUCCAAGAUGUCGACUUGAAACUCUGAGAUUAUGGGACUGUGGUUUGUCAGAGAUCAACUGUGAUUAUCUGGCAGCAGCGCUGAAGUCCAACCCUUCCCAUCUGAGAGAGCUGGAUCUGAGUGGAAACAAGCUGCAGGAUUCAGGAGUGAAGAAGUUGUGUGGUUUUCUGGAGAGUUCAGGAUGUGGACUUGAAACUCUGAGAUUGAGGAGCUGUGGUUUGUCAGAGAUCAGCUGUAAUUAUCUGGCAGCAGCACUGAAGUCCAACCCCUCCCAUCUGAGAGUGCUGGACCUGAGUAAGAACCAGCUGCGGGAUUUAGGCAUGAAGCAGCUGUGUGGUUUUCUGGAGAGUCCAGGAUGUGGACUUGAAACUCUGAGAUUGAAGGUGUGUGAUUUGCCAGAGGUCAGCUGUGAUUAUCUGGCAGCAUCGCUGAAGUCCAACCCCUCCCAUCUGAGAGAGUUGGACCUGAGUAAGAACAGCAAGCUGUUGGAUCCAGGAGUGAAGCAGCUGUGUGGUUUUCUGGAGAGUCCAGGAUGUGGACUUGAAACUCUGGGACUGAGUUACUGUGGUUUGUCAAAGAUCAGCUGUGAUUAUCUGGCAGCAGCUCUGAGGUUCAACGCCUCCCAUCUGAGAGAGCUGGAUCUGACGAGAAACAACCUACAGGAUUCAGAUGUGAAGCAGCUGUCUGGUCUUGAGAAGAGUCCAGACUACAGACUGGAGACUCUGAGAAUAUGCUGUGAAUAUGAAGGUGGAAUAUGGGGGACAGCAGAAGUGCGUUGAAGUUCCACAAAGUGAUGAAUGAAGGACAUGCAUAUUGUAUUGAAGAAAUAAGUGAUGAGAAUGCUGUUAUUUGCAUUUACCAGCUCACCUAUGUCAGACCUUUUGAUAAACAAAAUUCUAAUGAAAGUGAGAACAUGUACAUUGUUACA